AUGGAGAACUGCACUGAAGACUACGACAUGCAGAAUGUCUACAUCCCAGUGCUCUCUUUGGGGAUCCCACUGAACGCGACUGCCUUCUGGGUCUUCUGAUGCAAACUCAAGAGGUGGACCAAGACCAGGGUGUACAUCAUCAACCUCAUAGUCGCAGACAGUUUCCUGCUGUUUGCCCUGCCUUUCUUGAUAUAUUUUACCACAUAUGAGCAUCCCAUAGACAACCUGUGUUUCACCAUACAAACGAUCUACUUUACAAACAUGCCUAUGAGCAUCCUGAUCAUCACCCUGAUAGCGAUCGAUCGAUACAUUGCAAUCAAGUUCCCUCUAAAAGCAAAGAUUCUUCGAUCCCCACUGAAAUCAGCAUCCAUCUGUGGGGCUCUUUGGAUAAUACUAAUGAUUUAUUCCUACUUGUGUCCACAAUUUCAUAACAAAAAGGAAAAAUUCUGCUUUUGGAAACAAUCUACUCAACCUAGUUAUACAUUGUUAGUGUCCGUCAUCUUUGGCUAUUUUAUCCCCUUAGUGAUUGUGACUUUUUGUUCAGUACAAGUCAUCAGAUGUCUCAAGAAGAAGAUGGUCACGAGUCCUCAUGAGACAAAAUUAAUCCAGAAAGCAAUCCACAUUAUUUCUCUGAAUCUGUGCGUGUUCACUGUAUGUUUUGCACCCUUCUACAUUGCCCUGCUCUCGCGGUUUGCAGUGGAUGUCGCUGGAGCUUGUUCUCUGCUCUCAGAAGUUAGUGCCUGUGUUCACAUCUGUGCAUGCUUAGCAAACUCUAACUGCUGUUUGGAUGCAUUUUGUUAUUACUUUGCAGCUAAGGAAUUCCAAGAAUUUCCUUCUCUGUUCCCCACUUGCCUAUCGAUGAGGUGCAAGGUGAACCAAAGCCAAGAAUCCCAGUCACCCACAGAUCAAGUCAUGACAUAAACAAGGUGUAGCACACUACAGGUAUUAAGAGCCACAGGGCUGCUGAAGUUUUGAGGCAGAGGGAAUAGGACCAUCUACAGUAUUUGCAAUCAUUGUAGCUACAGGCAUAGCUGCAAAAAGGGGCAAUCCCUUCCAAGGGGUCUGAUAUUAACUUGAAUUUUGUCCUUCUGUCCUCAGUGACUUGACUCCAGCCUUGACCAUAGUCUUAGACCACUGUAUUGCAGCUUCAAGAGGGAGAGCAUAUGGGAUGGAGAAUAGAUGACAAGGCCACUGUUUCCACCAUGCACUUAUCUGUACAUAACAUGCAAUUAAACAUAGGAAACAGCACCCAUACAGCAAUACACAAAUCCACUUCUGGUACUGUUAUACAGAUGGUCACUUAAAACCAAGAAAAAAAAAACCCAUGCACUACAAUGCUGAACCUAAUACAUCUGUGCUGCUCACACCAAACCAUACACCGGUAGUUCCCUGACAGCCUGUAUGAUUUCAAAGCUUGCAGCUAUCACCAGGACACAGCUAUUGCUGUGUAUGGAGUAAAGACAGUGGCCUGAGACUAUUGCCCCAUUCCUGCCCUUUAACACUUGUAUCAGCUUGUGGCAAACACCCUGGUGUUUGUGAGACUAAAAUCAUUGCGGGUAUAAAUAAAGCCAUUACUGCAUGGAAAAACAGAGCCCCACAAAGCACUGUAGACCCCAGAACAGAACUUUUGCGUUGUGCCUAUCAGGUAUAAAUCUGUGAAGUGAUCUCACCCAAGCAACUGCUGUAAGUCCUGGUGACAGGUUUGCUGUACUUCAGUGGGAUCAACUCCUCAGUAGGUAUCCUGACUGGUGAGAAGGGAUCGCAUCUGCUCAAGUUGCCACAGCCUCAUGCUGCAUGAAUGUCGAUGCUCAGAAAACAGCAGUGAGCAACAUGAAGCAGAUGCAGCCAUGAUCCCUGCCUUACAAUCCAUACACAGUUUUCAGGGGAGGUUUGAUGAGAGUGAGGUGUGUGAGGCCUUUCUGUACAGAUAGCUCAGACCCACAGCUGAGGGCUUCUUGGCACUGCCAUGUGUGAUGAAGCAUUGCUUUGGAUUUCGUGCUUUUUCUCUUUCAGCUGCUUGGAGAGCGGACAGCAGGGGUUCAACAGCUUUCCCACACUUCAUUUUGAGACAUUUAACCCUGAAGGUGUCCCUGCUCAUGGCAGGAAGGUUGGAAAUAGAUGAUCUUUAAGAUCCCUUCCAACCCAAACCAUUCUAUGAUUAUACAGAGAACCUUAAGCUUUCCUAGCUGGGUCCUGGACCAUGCAUCAACGUAAAUGUCUGG